AUGUCACUGGCCCAGAGGAGAAUGGGGAGGCAGGCCCGGCUCCAGCUGCUCGAUUCCUCCCUUCUCUGGAUUUUGAUGGUUUUUGGGGCGAGGGGAGGUGAGCUGUGUGAUCACACGUGUCCCAGCUCAGUCUCCCCUCUGGCCACCUCACCCCCCUCUGCAUUUAUGGAGAGAAAUUAGCUGGUGUGAGUUAACUGCACUGGGAGCUGCAGAGCGUCCGUGGUAAAGCCAAGCUGACCAAAGGAGCCACAGUGAACACAGGCUUUGCUUGUUCUCUUUCUAGAAAACUUAAAAGGAACAAGGGAACCACACUCGAACGGAACUGGAGAAGAAUAUUUGGACAUUCUGGGUGACUGUGGGAGUGGACAAGUCUUCUAGCUAACCCUAUGAGCUUUGAAACCACGGCCUUCUCUUUCUCCAUCUUGCUUCUGAUUUGCCUCAUUUGCAUCCUCCUUUUACUGGUGGUUUUUCUAUAUAAAUGUUUCCAAAGCAAGAAACAGGAAGAGACAGAAAAAGGCCCAUGUACAGAUGGUGAUGGAGGGCAAGAUUGUCCAGUUGCUAAUGCUGAGGUUAACCCCCCAGGAAACCAAGAAAAGAUCCUGAGGCAGGUGGUGAAUCUGAAUGCACCUCCGAGGCCUGGCAUUCUUGUCCAGAGACGGAGCAAGGAAGUGGUGAAUGCAUCCCUUGAGAACAGAGAUGAUAUGGAGGCAGAGGAAGAGGAUAGAAUGAAAGGUCCCGAGAAUGCUGAAGAAACCAACCAGGAGGGUGAGGAUUUUCAGAAAACACACGCAUCCAUCAACAGGACACCUUCAGUUUUGGACAAUAACAAAAGGCCUUUAAAAGGCGUGACAUUCUCUAGGGAGGUGAUUGUUGUGGAUCUUGGGAACGAAUACCCUGCCCCUCGAAGCUACACACGAGAACACAAGGAGAGAAAAUGAGGCCAGCCCUGGCCGAGAGGGAAAGCAGCGUGACCUUUAACCAACUGUGGGCUGGCUGAAGGUACAAAGUGGUACUGAACUAUCAGAAUAGCAGGACUCACCCCACACGCAUGGUCUUUUACCUUUGUACAGAAACAAGUUGGCUGCGUGCAAAAUUCUGUAAGUUAAAAUACUCAGAACUUGAAUAUGGUUUUUAAAAAAGUAUUAAACGUCCUUAAAAUUCUCUCAAA